AUGUUAUCAUUAAAAGAUGCCUUUUAUUUCCAAGCUGGAAUUGGACUAAUAGGCAACACCUCUCUACUUUUCUUCCAUAUCUUCACGCUCAUUCUGGAUCACAGACUAAAGUUCAGCAACCUCAUCACCUGUCUCUUGGCUCUUAUUCACAUUAUUUUACUUCUCAUCGCAGUGUUCUUGGCAUCUCCAGACCUCUUUGAGUCACUAAAUUUUGGGAGUGACUUCAAGUGUAAGGCAUUCUUCUACCUGAACAGGGUGAUGAGGGGCCUCUCCAUCUGCACCACCUGCCUCCUGAGCAUGCUCCAGUCCAUCACCAUCUGCCCCAGCACCUCAUGGUUAGUGAGGUUUAAAAAGAAAUCCACAAAUCUUAUUUUGCAUGGUUUUUUUUUUCAGUGGUUCCUCAGUUUGUCUUUGAGUAGUUACCUGGUCUUCUCCACUGUGGCUUCUUCCAAUGUGACCCAGACAAAUGUGCUAACCGUUAGUAAGUACUGCUCACUUUCCUCCAUAAGCUACAUUGUCUGGAGCCUCUCUGUCAUGCUGCCGAUAAUUACAGACGUCUCCUUUGUGGGAAUUAUGCUGCUCUCAAGUACAUACAUGGUAAUGCUCUUGUUCAGGCAUCAAAAGCACUCCCAGUACCUUCGUACAGCCAGCCUCUCCUCAAAAGACUCCCCAGAGAAAAGGGCUACCCAGACCAUCCUACUGCUGGUGAGUUUCUUUGUGGUCAUGUACUGGGUGGACUUGAGCAUCUCAUCCUCUUCAAGCCUUUUAAGGGCAUAUGACCCAGUUGUCCUGGGUGUGCAGAGGCUUGUGUGCAAUGUCUAUGCCUCUGUCAGUCCUUUGGUGCUCCUCACUUCUAAUAAAAUGAUAAUCAACAUACUGCAAAAUAUGCAACAGAAGUGGCAUAGAUUUUUAACAAGACAAUAA